GAAGUGUUAAGUUGCAGAAAUGAGGCUUUCAUCAAGGGCAAUGAAACAGGGGUAGUGAUUUUACGUAUCUUCUUUUCGUAAAUUCAAUGGCAAGAAUUAGAGGCAGAACAGGGUACAAACCACAAAUUCACAAUAAAACAGAGGUUUUGCAGUGGCUUAAAACCCUCAGUUUAGCCCCUGAGUUUCAUCCAACUCUUGAGGAGUUUAAGGAUCCAAUCGCUUAUAUUCAUCAAAUUGAAAAAGAGGCUUCUGUGCAUGGUAUAUGUAAAAUCAUACCCCCUGUCUCAUCGCCCUCAAUGAAAACCUCAUUUUUGCAACUUAACAAUUCUUUAAUGGCCUGUUCUGCCUCCCCGAAAGGAGAAUUCACUACCCGGGUGCAGCAAGCUGGUUUUUGCCAAGGAAAAGGCCAUCCUGUGAUCAAGUCUGUGACGGAGAGUGGGAAGAGUUACACUGUUUCGGAAUUUGAAGCAAAGGCCAAGUCUUUCGAGAGAAAUUAUUUCGAGAAAAGUUCAAUAGAUAAGGGGGCUUUAAGUCCUUUGGAAAUCGAAAGUCUUUAUUGGAAAGAUUAUUCAUAUAUGGCCUAAGGUUCUCUUUAAUCAGCUAAGGCCAUGAACAACUUAAAGUGCCAACCUAAGUCCAACAUUAAAGAGGAAGCCUAUGGAUUAUCGAAGAGAAAAAACUUGAAAAGUGUGGUGCGGUGGAAGGAAAUGAAGGAGAUUUUAAGGAAAUGAAGGAAGACAGUAAUGUUAAGAAGGGGAGUAAGUGGAGUGAGAUUGAGAAUGAAGGAGGUGAUCGUAAUUUGGAGGCUGUUAACAAUGAGGCGGAAAUUGAAGAGAGAAACCCUGAAAAGCGUUGUGUUGUGGGAGGAAAUGAAUGUGCUUUUAAGAAAAUGAAGGAAGGGGUAAUCAUAAGGAGGGGAGCAAUUGGAGUGAGAUUGAGAUAGAAGGCGGUGAUUUUGACUAGGAUGGUAUUAAAGAUGAGACGAAAAUCGAAGAGAGAAACACCGAAAAGUGUAGUUUGGUGGAAGAAAGUGAAGGUGAUUUUAAGGAAAUGAAGGAUGGUGGUAAGUGUGGUGAUAGUGAGGAUGUCGAAGAAAGUUAUAGUCUUGAAGUAAAGAAUAAGAUGGCUGACAAGGGAAAAGAAGUGAUUGAGGACUAUUAAGCUGGUUGGGGUGAGAAUUGGGAUGAUGUUGCUGUACGAGCUAAAUCUAAUUAGGAGCAACUGUAUUUUGAUAACUAUGAAAAUAUGAGGCAUGUAAAUGAGCAGUAUAGGGAGGUGCCUCCUUGGGUAUUGGAAUGAAGAAGGGGAUGUAGUGGGGAGAAAUGGAAAGGCGCAGUAUGAUAAAGAACCUCACUGUUCCGGUAAUGCUGAAAAGGAAUCCGUGGGGUUUAAUGAUGGAAAUUUUGGAAGUCGCCAUUAUCCUUUGAGGCCUUACACGGAAGAUUAUUCGUUUUAUAUGAGGACUGGGACUUGCAUGUUUGGUUCGAUAUGCAAAUUUAAUCAUCCACUUCAAAGAAAGCCCCGGGCUUCCAGGGAUGCAUUUAAGCAAAAGGAAGAAAUUUAUGAUAAGCCUAGACAGACAGAAUGCAAGUAUUACUUGUCAGCGGGUGGUUGCAAAUACGGAAAGCUUGUUGGUAUAGUCAUGGCAAAGGAAAAGCUGCAGUGACCCCAAAUUCAGAGUUGAACUUUAUUGGUUUUCCGAUUAGAGUUGUAAAACUUCUCUCCUUUUUUCACAGAAUCCAAAUUUUCAUACGUAUACAGUCCGUAUUCAACCAAGAGGGAUAUUGUUACUAUCUGAUCAAAAAGUGGACGCAGAUAUAGAUCAGCCAUAUAGGAUCAGUUAUAAGGGGGAGAAAGUAUGUUCUUUCUACAUGAGAACUGGUUUAUGCAAGUAUGGUGAAAACUGUAGGUUUCAUCAUCUGAAUCCUACAGCAGCAGGAGGACUUGACACUACUUCACCAGGUAGAGGUAGGUCAUCAACAAAAGCAAUAAAUGAGACUGCUUUUUUCAGGCCAGUUAUCUAUCCGCCAUCCCCGUUCAUGCCAAUUAUCUAUCUGCCAACCCCAUUCAGGCGAAUUAUUUAUCCACUAACCCCAUCUGCUCCUGAAAAUGCAGAAUGGAAUGGAUAUCAGGGGAUUCUGCCUAUUCCCCCAGCACUUUCGAUGCCCAUUCCAGCAACUGGAUCCAGCUUCUAUGCACAUCCGCAAGGCCAGGUGAACGUAGAUGAAUAUCCUGAACGACCUGUACAGCCUGAUUGCAGUUCCUACAUGAGAACGGGGAAUUGCAAGUUCAGAUCUUCCUGCAGGUUCCACCACCCCAGAAACUUGGAGACGGCUGUCAAGGACUGAUCAAGGCAGUACCUUAGAGUUUAUCUGCUUUGCAGAUGAGCAUGGGGAGGGGAAAACGGAGCUGAUGAGGUCUGCUUGAGUAUCAUACUGUAGUUUUAGAAACUUAUAUCCUAGUGAUCACAACUACUUGCUAACUUUUUGUAUUUUAGAAUAGGUUGAGCUUCUGACAAGAAAACUUUGUUGUGAUGUUUCCGUCGUAUGAAGACUAUGGUUGCAGG